GACUGCAGUGGUAGAAGUCACAACACAACGGUUGUUUUGUGAUGUGUCAUUUUAAUCCUAAGGACUAGCUACUCAUUUGUCAUUAUGGAGACGUUUAUUAAUUUGAUUCUGUCUUUAUGCACACUGCUUCUGUCUGUUAACUUUGUCCCACUUGUGAAUGCAUACAGGAGCCCAUGGACAACUGCAGAUUACAGUUUGGCUGGGAUGAGGAGGGCCAGAGCUGUAAACAGACAGAUGCCCAUCAACUGUAAACUGGGGACCUGGUCAUCUUGGACACCCUGUAACUCCUGCACAGACCAAAAAGGUCGUUUCCGAUACGUAGAGAAGCUCUCCCAGUUUGGUGGCAUCAAGUGCAUUGAGCCGCUGUGGGAGAAGCUGGCGUGUCCAUCAGUAACGACACAGUGUCUGGUGACAGAUUACUGUGGAGAGAGCUUCACAUGCAAAGGAACAGGGCGCUGCAUUAGCCAGUCCCUUCGCUGUAAUGGAGAGUCAGACUGUGAGGAUUUUUCUGACGAAGAGGGCUGUGAAGACGCCACCCGCAGAGAUGACAAGUGUUCCACCUUACUGCCGAUCCCUGGUGCUCAACGUGGUACUCAGGGCUACAAUGUCUUGACUGGAGACUUUGUGGAUCAAGUGCUUGACCCAAAUUAUUUUGGAGGAAAGUGUGAAUACGUCUAUAAUGGUGAAUGGAGGAAAUUCAUCUAUGACGCCUUCUGUGAGAACCUGCACUACAAUGAAGAUGAGAAGAACUACAGGAAACCGCACAACUACCAUACCUACCAUUUUGUGGCUGAAGCUACGUCAGAGGGCUCGCACGAAUACUAUGAAGAUAUGGUGAGCCUGCUGAAAGCCAGGAAUACGAUGAGUUCUUCCAAAGGCGGUGUCUCAGUGGGGGUCUAUAAUGUGGAACUGGGACUGAGUGGAAGUGAGGAAUCACAGUUUCUCAACAACAUAACGCAAUAUAAAAGCCAGAACCUAGGGUUCGUCAGGCUUUGGUCCAAAGUGCAAACAGCCCACUUCAAAAUGAGAAGUAACAAGUUGAUGCUUCAUGGAGAUUUCUACAUUUCACUCAUGGAUCUGCCAGAGCAGUAUCAUUUUGGGAUGUACUCCCGCUUCUUCAACACAUUUGGAACCCACUAUGUCACAGAGGGCACAAUGGGAGGAACCCUUGAAUAUGUGGUGGUUGUCAACAAAACGUCUAUGGCAAAAUCAAAGAUUGAGGGUGAACAAGCUGGUAGUUGCUUUGGUGCUUCUAUUGGUUUAAGCUAUCCCAUCUCGGGCCAGGUAACAGCAGGGCUUAAAGUGGGCGUGAACCCGUGCAAUAAAGAAGGAGAGUUUCAUCAAGCCAAGGACUCUGAUUCAGCUUUGGUUGAGGACAUUGUCACUCUAGUGAAGGGGGGAGUCACACACACCAGCACUGGCCUGUUGGUUGUCAGGAACCCUGACACCUACAGGAACUGGGGAGCCUCCCUCAAAUACAACCCGACACUCAUCGAAUAUGAGACCAUGCCAAUUUAUGAGCUAGUGCGCCUCAGCACAGCCGCUGACCAUGUAGGUGUAAGACUGGCCAACUUGGAGAGGGCCUGGGAUGAGUAUCAGCAGCAGUUCGACUCCUGUCGCUGCGCCCCCUGCAGGCACAACGGCAUCCCUGUCCUAAUGGGGACUUCCUGUAGAUGCAUCUGUAAGUUAGGCUACUCUGGAGAGGCCUGUGAAGAGACUCUCAGAAGAGAUGCCAAGACAGAUGGGUCAUGGUCAUGCUGGGGGGCUUGGUCAUUAUGUGCAUCAACGAGGAAGACUCGGACAAGAACCUGUGAUAAUCCUGCUCCACAUGGCGGUGGAACAACCUGCCUGGGCUCCACCUCUCAGACUCAACGCUGUUAAAGUCACUUUGGUUCCAAGGUGAAAAUGCAUAAUCCAGGUGGUUCUUACUGAAUAGAAACUGCUCUUCCACUAUCCUUAACUGUCUGAGCUCAAAAUAAAAUGUAUGCCUUCUUCAGGACACAUGCCACACUGUAUAUCAAGGUAGUAAUAAAUGUGUGAUGCAGACUUUACUAACUGUGUGCUUUUCUGUAGUAAAACUGUAGAUGCUUUGUAUGAGAUUUCUUAAAUCGCCUUGAAUGUGAAGAUCACAUUUGAGUAACAGAAGCUGAAUUCAGGUCAGUGCUUCAGGCAAGUCUAGUGAGGAAAGCUAGUCAGGUCAAGUCUAUUUUUGAUUCAUUAUGUCACACUAUAAGUCCAAAGACAAACAAAGACACCACAGACCAAACUUCUGGUUUCAAGGAAGGUUUUAUAAAACGGUGCUGUUGAGCAGACAUUAAAAGCAUUCAGUGGACUCUUGCUGCAGUCCUCUGCAUGCCAGGCCUCCUUCGCCAGGCGCUGGGUUGUUGCACUGUCGACUCCUCCUCAUUGUUCUUCCACUGCAGGGUGACCAUGCAGCCCAGCAGCUCCAGCUGCCGUCAAUGGUUAAAUCUGUCAGAAGUGGGAGAGUCAGUUCUCAUUUCAGUAUGUCAAUAUCUCGGUGUUUGUGCAAUGAAAGAAAACAAACAUGUUAAGUUGUAUGCACUGUUUUUGGAUGUUGGAUUUUUAGAGCUUACUUUUUCGUCUAUUAGUGAUCUCACAGCCAUGCCCAGAGUAGCCAACAGGACACACACAGUCACACCUGGUGCCUGUUGAUGAAGAUGAAGAUAUUUCAUAAUUACUAUCAUUACCACCACUGUUAACAUCAUCAGUCACUUUUGGGAACCAAAUCUAAAAAUAAAAUGCCAUAGGC